GGCAACUUUUCGGCCUCGGUUCUGGAUCUGGACGCAGCUGCCUCCGCUCGCUGAAGCCGUCGCAAAGGCUCUUCGAAGAAGAGAGAAGGGUGGAGAGGCGGAGGAAGAGAUACAGAGGGGGAGGCGUUCGGUUUCCAGGGUUUCAGUUUGGGCGUGGCGGCGUCCUUCAAACUAGGUUUCCGAUUUAUGCUUCUUUUCUGCUACUUUUUCUGUUGAUUUGGAUUUGCGCUUAAAGGAGCAUCUUGCUGGGGGUUUGCGCCGUCGAGUGUUUAUAAUUGGAUAAGAAACCUGUCCUUGUGGAUUUAGUGGCGCCGGCGUGUCGGAUUCUGAUGCCCUUCUGUUUUUAGGGUUUCUUCUGUGUUAUUUGCAUCUAGGUUAGAUUCUGGUGGCAGGGUGACGAAAGGUAGCUUCAAAUAAACUUGGAUUUUACCUUCUGGAACAUUUGAUAAGGAAAACAGUGUUUUCGUUUCUGGUAAGUUUGGGUCCGGAAGAAUUAGGGUUUUGCUGUGAAAUUGAUAUUUUGUUCGCAUCAAUUUGGGGGCUUUUGGGCUAAUUCCUGGCGCAAUCGUUGGUAGCGAAAACCAAAUACUGUAUAUCCCGUAAACCAAAUCUGGUUGAGUAAAAGUGCACUGCUGACAGGAAAUUUGUUUUUGGCAAUUGUAUUUUUUCUAAGCUUAUUCUUAUGCAAGUUUUUGCAUGAUGCGAACAGUAUCAAAUCGGAUCGACUGCAUGGCACCUACGGUACUUAUGGAGUACACCAAAGAGAAGCAGAGAAAAAAAUGCUCACAGGAUCUUUCGUUUGCUUUGAAGGAAAAAUCACAUAAAUUGUCUAAAGGUUGUGGGCCCCUUGCUUCUCUACCUGAUUAUCAGCAUGAUUCUGAGAAGAUGCAUGAUUCAGAAGAUGUGGGUAGUUUUGUUCGUGCUCAAUCAGAUGAUUCCAGUUCUGCAAAGAGGCAGAAGUUUAGUGUAAACCUAGAUGGAUGUGAGGGCUGUAAUAUUCCACUUCAACAAAUUCCUUACUUAAGAAUGUCUGGCUCUCAGAGAAAGAAACUCAAAAUGAGACUCAGAUCAGAAUUGAAUCAGGUACAAAUGUUACAAAAGAGAUUCUUCUCGAGAGCAGAAACAGUUGGUGUUAUUACAUCUUCUUCGGUCAAUGAGACUGAAAAAGAAGUUGACCCAAAGAGUGUUACCCAGCUGAAGCGUGUGACAUCAGGAAAGUCAGAGCUUUCAAAAAUGACUGUGCCUCCACCUCCUGUGCACAGUUCAAGUUUGGCAUUGAAGAAACAAUGUGAGGGGCUUCUAAAGCGCUUAAUGUCACACCGGUUUGCCUGGGUCUUCAACCUUCCUGUAGAUGUGAAGAAACUGAAUAUUCCAGACUAUUAUACUGUCAUUAAGAAUCCAAUGGAUUUGGGAUCCAUCAAAACGAAAUUAAGCUCAGGCGGUUACUCCAGCCUAUGGGAUUUUGCUGCUGAUGUCAGGCUAACUUUCACCAAUGCAAUGACAUACAAUCCACCCACAAAUGAUGUCCAUUUAAUGGCAGAUUCAUUGAGCAAGUACUUUGAACUUCAUUGGAAACCAAUAGAAAAGAAGUUGGCUGCAGCUGAUGCAUAUGUUAAGAAAGAAAUCCAAGUUCCAAAAUCUGUUAUGUCAUCUCACGGGAGGAAAAAUCUCAGCAAGCCGGAGGUUUGCUCUCGUAAGAGAAAGAAAUCCCAUAUCGAUUGCAUUGGAACUGUGUCUCAGGAGGUAAAGCGCCAAAUGUCAAAGGAGGAAAAACUUAGACUAGCUAGUCAUUUGGAAUCUCACUUGGAUGAUCUACCAGAUCACAUUAUUGAUUUUCUGAGGCAACAUAGCAAUAUGAAUGAUAGCUGCGGAGAAAUUGAAAUUGAUAUUGAUUCUCUUGGAGAUGACACACUCUUUAAGUUACAGGAUCUUCUGGAUAAAUAUUUUCAGGAGAGAGGGAUGAUGAGACAACAGGUGAAGUUUGAGCAGUGCAAAAUGGAGGUUUCUGAAAAUGCCCUUAGCACCUCAGUGAUGCAUCAGUUCAAAGAUAAUAAUCCUGCUGAAGAGGAUGUAGAUAUUGGUGGUGAUGAUCCUCCCAUCUCUAAUUACCCCACCUUGGACAUUCGAAAGGACACAAAGUCUAGAGAAACCAAGUGUGGCAGUUCAAGCAGUUACACUAGUGAUUCAGGAUCUUCCACUGACUCUGACAGUUCCAAUGGAAGUGAAUUAAAGAAAUUUUCCAUUCCCAAAGAUGAUGCUAAGGAAAAUUCGGCAAACAAAGCAGGUUCAGAUCAAGAGAAAAGUGAUCUAAUGAACCCGUUCGAUAUGAAUAGACCUUUGAGUGAGUUGAAUUGCUCUGAGAAGACUGCUGAUGCGAAAUCUUCACUAGUUGACUCGGAGAGGUUUCAAGAGGGGGAGCAUGCUCCAUCUGAGAAAAAACUAUCCCCAGAAAAGCAAUAUAGAGUCGCUUUGCUGAGGAAUCGCUUUGCCGAUACAAUUCUAAAAGCUAAGGAGAAAACACUUGGUCAGGGUGCUAAGGGUGAUCCUGAAAAAUUGCAACGUACAAGGGAGGAAAUUAAAAGACAACAAAAGGAAGAUCGAGCACGGCUUCAAGCAGAAGCGAAAGCUGCUGAAGAAGCUUGUAGACGAGCUGAAGCAGAAGCUGCAGCUGAAGCUAAACGUCAGAGGCAACUAGAGCGAGAAGCUGCACGCCAAGCCUUGUCAAAGAUCGAAAAGACAGUUGAGAUCAAUGACUGUCAAAUUCUUGAAGAUCUGGAAAUGCUUGGAACCGCUACAGCUGAGGAAAUGCCCAUAUCUGAUAAUGAAAAGAACUCGGGCUAUUCUCUUGAUGACAUGGGAGGCUUUAAACUUGGAGGCAGUAACCCGCUAGAGCAACUUGGACUAUUCAUGAAAGCAGAUGACGAAGAAGAGGAAGAGUAUGAAAAUGUGCCUCUACAUGAUGCCGAGGAAGGGGAGAUCGAAUGAUUCCAUAUAGACUUUGUAUAACUUAGACUUUACUCUGGCAUCUUUUCAGAAACGAGGAUUCUGACGCCUGCAAAAGGUUACACACUAAAAAAUUGAUAUGAUUGGUCGCAAACGUCAGUUUCUUCGACAACAAUGAUAGGUCCUCCUGAGGGAAUUUAAGUGAUGACAGAUCGAUUGGAUACUGUUGUGGAUCAUUUGCAUAAGGUGAGAUUUUUUACCCCGGAGAGGGCAAUGCCUUUUGUGUUCUGGUGCCCGACAAUCUAAACCAUCUAUUUAGGGAGUUGUACAUAGAAUGGAGUGACUGGUUUUGGUCUUUGCAUCAUUCCAUUACAGUUGGCAUAAUUGAUCAUUUGUUCUUUUAAGUAGAUCGUAUAAUUUAGUUAUAGUUUUGUGUUCAUUUGUGUGCUGGUGUGGUGGUUGUUUUAGAAAACCAGAGAAACAUCCGCACUAGGUAUCGCAAGAUGAGGGGAUUCAGUAUUUUUUUUUUCUGCUCAACUUGUAUCCACUUUUUAUCAAGUUCUAGACCAUAUCUCAUGGCUUGCAUGCGUGUGAAUGGAUCUUGAAUCUAGUUGCUAGUGUGUUUCUAGCAACUAUUGCGGUGAU